ACAUAUAUAUUUAUAAAAAAGCACAAAAGUGAUUCAAUCACAAUUGCAAGAUUUAUGUUAUAAGCCGUUCACAAGUUUUAUUCUAAAAGUAAGGAACACACAAACAACAACAUCUUAUCUCUAUAGAUAAACUGAAUGAAUUAAACAAAAAUGGCCCUUGUUGCAGAUAAAACGAAACGUGAAGGACGUUGGUAUUUUGGUGGUUUGGCCAGCGCUGGCGCUGCUUGUUGUACUCAUCCAUUAGAUUUGAUUAAAGUAACGCUUCAAACCCAACAAGGCAAACUGUCCGCCGUGCAAAUUACCAUUAAAAUUCUACGUGAACAAGGUAUCUUUGCUUUAUAUAACGGUCUCUCGGCUUCAAUAUUGCGUCAACUAACCUAUUCGUUAACACGUUUCGGCAUUUACGAAAGCGGGAAAUCCCUCGUACCCACCGAUACAUUUGCUGGUAAAGUUAUAUUGGCCGCUUUGUCAGGCACAGCAGGCGGCAUUGUCGGGACACCUGCCGACAUGGUCAAUGUGCGUAUGCAGAAUGAUGUCAAACUACCGCCCGAGCAGAGAAGAAACUAUAAAAAUGCUGUGGAUGGUCUGAUAAAAGUGUACAGAAAUGAAGGUUUCGUUCGAUUAUUCUCAGGAGCGACAACUGCUACUUCCAGAGGUGUUUUAAUGACUGUCGGGCAAAUUGCAUUUUACGAUCAGAUCAAAAGCAUGCUAUUAAAAACUGCUUAUUUCGAAGAUGACACAUUCACGCACUUUACAGCCUCUUUAGCUGCUGGUGCAAUUGCUACAACACUCACCCAACCAUUGGAUGUGUUAAAAACACGCUCCAUGAAUGCCAAACCAGGCGAAUUCGAGGGCCUAUGGCAUAUCGUCAAAUAUACAGCCCGCCUGGGACCUUUAGGUUUCUUUAAGGGUUACGUACCCGCAUUUGUACGUUUAGGUCCUCAUACUGUAAUCACUUUCAUGUUAUUGGAGCAAUUGCGUCUAAAUUUUGGUAAAACUCCCGCUAGUUAAAGCGAACUAACUUAUAUGCCUUGGAGCAAUUUCCCUUACACUUUCCGAAUCCUUAAAGCAUUUGCCAACAUAUAAAUUAAGUAUAGCAGAAAAAAAAAACAACACUCAGUAGAAAAAUUAACAUUCCUAAACAAACAAGUUAAGUUGUACUUAUAGCGAAUAAGAAAAAACAAAAAAGUACUAAAGCGUAACAAACUUGUCCAUGUAACUAAACUGAAGCGCAAACCGUUCUGAGCACAAUUAAAUUGAAUAGAGAAGGUUUUUAAGGUCUUUUGACUU